AUGGUGUCUUUAAUGAACAUGUUGGGCAUUUGCUUUUAUAUUCAUUUGGUUUUCAUCAUAAGCAGAUCGACUGUCGGAGCUAAUAGCGAAGGUUUGGUUGAAGGUAUUGUCGUCGUCAAUGGAACACAUCCAAUUGCACAAACAGAUGAAGAUUUUGUUUGUGCUACCUUAGAUUGGUGGCCACCCACAAAAUGUGAUUUUGGGUUUUGCAGUUGGGCUAAUUCUUCACUUCUCAACCUGGAUCUUACAAACAAAAUCUUCAUAAAUGCAAUCAAAGCAUUUUCCCCCUUAAAAUUAAGACUUGGUGGAACUCUACAAGACAAACUUAAGUACCAUACCAACACUCAUCCAUGUAAGCAGUUUGCAAAGAACAACGAAAGGUUCGGAUUUUCUGAAGGUUGUUUAUCGAUGUCACGAUGGGAUCAACUUAACGCCUUCUUUAACAAGACCGGAGCAAAGGUUAUAUUUGGGCUGAAUGUAUUGAAUGGAAAGACAAUAGGGAUUAAUGGUUCAGCAAUAGGAGCUUGGAAUUCAACCAAUGCUAAAUCUUUUAUAUCUUAUACUGUGAAUAAAGGUUACAUUAUUCAUGGAUGGGAGCUUGGGAACGAGUUGAGUGGUAAGGGGAUCGGGGCGAGCAUUUCCUCCGAUCAAUAUGCGAAAGACAUAAUUUCUUUGCAAAGUUUAUUGGCUAAAACAUAUAAGAAUUUUCGAGUGCAACCUUUAUUGUUGGGACCUGGAGGUUUUUUUGAUUCUAAAUGGUUCACGGAUUUUAUAAACAAGACGAAUAAUUCUCUUCAAGUUGUUACGCAUCAUAUCUACAAUCUUGGCCCAGGUGGUGAUACUCAUUUGAUAGAUAAGAUCCUUGACCCGUCUCAUCUUUCGGGAGGAUCGCAACCCUUUAUUGCUCUCAAUAGUAUUUUGAAAAACGCGAAAAGUUCUACCGUAGCGUGGGUAAGUGAGUCCGGAGGGGCUUGGAGUAGCGGUCGUCAUCUUGUCUCAGAUGCGUUCGUUUUUAGCUUUUGGUACUUGGAUCAACUUGGAAUGGCAUCCGUUUCCAACACCAAGACUUACUGCCGACAAACAUUGAUAGGCGGAAACUAUGGCUUGUUGAACACGACCACAUUCGUUCCCAACCCCGAUUACUAUAGCGCACUUCUUUGGCAUCGACUAAUGGGAAGAAAUGUUCUUUCGACAAACAUGUCCACAUUGACCAAAAUUCGCGCUUAUUCUCAUUGUUCAAAGGCUUCGGGUGGAAUUACGAUUCUAUUGAUCAAUCUAGACAGAAACAACACAGCCAAGUUGUCAUUUAAGAUCGAUAACUCAACCAUAAAGGAAACUAAUGAUAAAAUAAUUCACAAUACGGGCACAAGGGAAGAAUAUCAUUUGGCCGCAAAAGAUGAUGAUCCACACAGUCAAACUGUUCUUUUAAACGGGGAGGCGUUAAUGGUAAAUUCCUUAGGAGAAAUACCCCGAUUAACGCCUCGGGUUGUGAAUACUUCAAAACCCGUAACUAUUGCUCCUUUCUCUAUUGUAUUUUGUCAUUUCCCCAAUAUACAGGUUAAUGCUUGUAGGUAAGUAAUAGUUAUAGAUAAUAA